CCGGCUCAGCACCUCGGAGAGCUCCCUCCCCGGCCUUGUUUUGCUCCGGAAUCGCCGCCUGGGGAGGGAGCCAGGGGGCCGGGCAACAGGCGCAGCGGCAAGAGGAUGGCAGUGGAGGGGUCGAGGGGCCCCGGCGGGCAGAGGGCCCAGCCGUGAUCUGUUGGGGGGGGCCGCGGCGCCGGGUGGGCAGCUGACGGCGGCAGCAGUGGCUACACAUCUGGAUGGAAGCGAGCUUUGUCCAGACCACCAUGGCUCUGGGGUUGUCCUCCAAGAAAGCAUCUUCCCGCAAUGUGGCCGUGGAGCGUAGGAACCUGAUCACCGUGUGCAGGUUCUCUGUGAAAACCCUGCUGGAGAAGUACACGGCGGAGCCCAUCGACGACUCAUCCGAGGAGUUUGUGAAUUUUGCAGCCAUCUUAGAGCAGAUCCUCAGCCACCGUUUCAAAGCCUGUGCCCCAGCAGGUCCGGUGAGCUGGUUCAGCUCAGAUGGGCAGCGGGGCUUCUGGGACUACAUCCGGCUGGCCUGCAGCAAAGUGCCCAACAACUGCGUGAGCAGCAUCGAGAACAUGGAGAACAUCAGCACAGCCCGAGCCAAGGGCCGGGCAUGGAUCCGGGUGGCACUGAUGGAGAAGCGCAUGUCGGAAUACAUCACCACAGCCCUGCGGGACACCCGGACCACCAGACGUUUCUAUGACUCGGGAGCCAUCAUGCUGCGGGAGGAAGCCACGGUCCUCACCGGGAUGCUGAUCGGCCUGAGCGCCAUAGAUUUCAGCUUCUGCCUAAAGGGCGAAGUGCUGGACGGGAAGACCCCCGUGGUCAUCGAUUACACGCCCUACCUGAAGUUCACCCAGAGCUACGACUACCUGACGGACGAGGAGGAGCGGCACAGCGCCGAGAGCAGCACGAGUGAGGACAACUCACCCGAGCACCCUUACCUGCCGCUCGUCACCGACGAGGACAGCUGGUACAGCAAGUGGCAUAAGAUGGAACAGAAGUUCCGCAUUGUCUACGCGCAGAAGGGCUACCUGGAGGAGCUGGUGCGUCUGCGCGAGUCGCAGCUGAAAGACCUGGAGGCGGAGAACCGGCGGCUGCAGCUGCAGCUGGAGGAGGCGGCGGCGCAGAACCAGCGCGAGAAGCGGGAGCUGGAAGGAGUGAUCCUGGAGCUGCAGGAGCAGCUGACAGGUCUGAUCCCCGGUGACCACGCUCCCCUGGCCCAGGGUUCCAAGGACCUCACCGCACGCCUGGUCAACCAGUGGCCGUCACUGGGAACACUCAACGGGGCCGAAGGCACUAACAACCCCAAGCUCUACCGGAGACACAGUUUCAUGAGCACGGAGCCGCUGUCAGCAGAAGCCAGUCUGAGCUCAGACUCCCAGCGCCUGGGAGAGGGCAAGAGGGACGAGGAGCCUUGGGGCCCCAUCGGGAAGGACCCCACGCCCUCCAUGCUGGGCCUCUGCGGCUCCCUGGCCUCCAUCCCCAGCUGCAAGUCGCUGGCGAGCUUCAAAUCCAACGAGUGCCUGGUGAGCGACAGUCCUGAGGGCAGCCCGGCACUGAGCCCCAGCUGAGGAGUUGCCCCCGGGGGGUGCCAGCCGCACCUGCCAGGGGCACAGACGCCUGCCACCUGUCCUCAGUCCCCCAAUCCAGGCCACCCUCCAGGAACGUCUGGGGAAAGACACCCUUUGCUUCUAGCCCAGUUUAACUUCUUGCCCGAGGAGGCAGGAGCUGCCAAGGGAGGCCGGCUGGGCCCCAGAGGCCGGGGCGCCAAGGCUGCGGGGAGCUUAUUCUUUCGCCGACCCUGACGCCUGACUCGCUCCCUACUGGACUCUCCUCUGCUCAUCUCCCCACCCUCCUUAGGAGCUGGUGGCCCCGCCUCAGCACCCCCACCUCUCAUGCCUCUCCUGUCUGUCCCUGUGUACACCGUGGAGCCACUCCGUCCUUGGUCUCCAAGGAGGUGGAGGAGGGGAGAGCCUCUGAGGCCAUCAGGCAAAUAAAAACCAGAGGACUGA